ACUUCAAUAUACCAGUAGCACAUUGCGACAUAAAAGAAACGCAGUGAAUUUAAUGUUUUUUUCCCUCCAUCGUUCUCUGACGAGGAACAGUACAAAUAUUUGUAAAAUAAAUGCGAUGCCGGUUGAUGUAUGUGUGCAGUAAAUAGGAUGCCAGGUAAAUUUGAUAGAGGGAAAUGAUCAUAAUUUGAUCUGAUUGCUGCUGUGACAUGGUAACCUGUUUCCAGUCAGUGAGCAAUAAACUGAAGGAGAAGGGCGUCCUUAUCUCGCUGUCGACUUUGGCCAUUUGUUAUCUCUGGGAGAAGCUUAUCUCGGCACAGUUGCUCAGUUACUGUAAUGGGCCAACUGCGGACAACUGUUAAAAGUGGCUCUUUAUAAACAGGGUGACCGUGAAGUCAGCUGCAGGCAGAGGGGGCACAGUAAAAUCCGGAGAAAGUGAAUGCCUCCUGUUGAAAAGAGAACAUUAUUCCAAUACGUAAUAUUCCAUCAGAGUUGAGAGCGCCCUUCCUUCUCCUGUCUCUGUGCAAUAAACCCACAGCGAUCUUUGUCCUGAGCUGUCGCUGGGUUUAUAUUCUGACAAUAAACUGGUCCCAAGGUGAACAAUAAAUUAAAGUGACGACACGAACGGAACCGAACCAUGAUGCGGGUUGUGAUUCCUCUCUAGAGCAGAUCAAAUAUUCUAGAGGGAGAAAAUUACUGCACCGCUUGCACUGUGGUAUUAAUUCUGGUUCAGGCCACUUGUACGAGUGACUUGUUCAUCGAAAUUAAGCUUUUAUGUGGUUUAACACAAGCGUUGUGGAACAAGGUGUGGCGUUACGUGCUGAAUAGACUGAAGCUCAGGUUUAUGAGCGAGUUAUCAACAGAACAUUGCUCAGGGUGUGAUCACUUACUGUCAGGGACAAUAACAUUCAGAUGCCCGGAUUCUUUGUAAACAGACUCAGGAGUCCAGCACCAGGUAGACCUGCGGUGAGAGAUUUAUUGGAAAAACCCCAACUGGAAGCAAACCACGACUGAAGACGAGGGAACAGAAACAAGUGAACCAGGCCGAGGACUGAGAGCACCAACUGGAGAGAACCCUUCUGACUCAGGGUUUCCAUUGAUUCAGUCAGGAGAAAGUUUGGGCAUCACCAGCAGGUGGAGCUGUCCUGAACCGCGACCAAAGUGUAAACAAGACGACGAUAAUCAACAAUCGCCACCAAUCAGAAUGGACAAAGGUAGGAAAUGGAAGGGAAUAGGGAAACUGAAGAGGAUUUUACCAGGCGGAUCAUCGAGGGAAGAUGAUCGGGACACGGGAAACAAGGUACCAAAGCAGGGUCAGAUUGAGAGCAAUGUCCCAAUGGAAUGCGAUCCGGCCGUAGCAGAAGUGGAGAAAAUUCAGCCCAGAGACAGUGACGUCAGAGACACUGAGCAGGACCCUGGAACCGGUACAAGUGAGGCGACUGUCUGUCAGCCCAGAGACAGUGACGUCAGAGACACUGAUCAGGACCCUGGAACCGGCACAAGUGAGGCGACUGUCUGUCAGCCCAGAGACAGUGACGUCAGAGACACUGAGCAGGACCCUGGAACCGGUACAAGUGAGGCGACUGUCUGUCAGCCCAGAGACAGUGACGUCAGAGACACUGAUCAGGACCCUGGAACCGGUAGAAGUGAGGCGACUGUCUGUCAGCCCAGAGACAGUGACGUCAGAGACACUGAUCAGGACCCUGGAACCAGCACAAGUGAGGCGACUGUCUGUCAGCCCAGAGACAGUGACGUCAGAGACACUGAGCAGGACCCUGGAACCGGUACAAGUGAGGCGACUGUCUGUCAGCCCAGAGACAGUGACGUCAGAGACACUGAGCAGGACCCUGGAACCAGCACAAGUGAGGCGACUGUCUGUCAGCUCGGAAGCUCAUUGGACACGGAAUUGUCAAGUGUCCAACAAGGAGCAGAGCCAGGGUUUACAAUCUCUGACCUCCUGGCACAGGGGGAGGAAUAUCGACUGUACCAACUGACAAAGUUCUACAGAGACAGACUCAUACAAGCGAUUGAAGAAAAGGUUGAAAGACUCGGCUGGAUGUUGACAAAGGAGGGACAUUUCAGUAGAGAAGAAAAUGAGAAAGUCACUGAACUGACAGAGAAGGGAAACCGGGCAGAGAGUUCCAGACUCUUCCUCAGUUUGGUGAUGGGCAAAGGCUCCCGGGCCCGGAGGGCGAUGUGGGAAUCCUUUGUGACUUGGAGGACUGAGUUACCGAAGUUGGACAGAAUACUGAGGGAAAUUGAGGACCUCGGUCCUGAUCCACAAGAAUACAUAAGCAUUGGCGAAGGGUUAUCUGAAUUACCCACUCAACUGAUAGAUGUAAAACAGAAACACAAGGAGACUCUGCGGGUACAAACUGAAACGGUGAGAGUGAACACGAUCCUGAUGAGGGAGAAGGUGAAGGUUUUCCAGCUGGUUGAUCGAUACGCUGAGCUCACGGUCAUUUCUACUGUUCGAGAUCGGAGACUGGUAGAACAUGAGCUGCUGGCAAGAGGCAGAGAACACGAGGAGUGGAGAGAGGAACAUCUCCGCAGAGAGCUGGAAAAAAUCCGGACUGAUCAGUUGUUCCAGAGCAGCUUUUCCCGGAGUAAAUCCAAAUCUGGGAGUUCGGCAGCAGUGGCCGGAGUCGCAGGGAUCGGGAAAACAACACUGGUACAAAAGAUUGUUUAUGACUGGGCCACGGGGAAAAUAUACCAACAAUUCCAGUUUGUCUUCAGUUUCAAAUUCCGAGAUUUAAACUCCUUUAACUGCAGAAUAAACCUGAGGGAACUGAUCCUGGAUCAGUAUCCUUACUUUGGGAAUAUCCUGAGAGAGGUCUGGAAGAACCCAGAGGGAUUGCUGUUUAUAUUCGAUGGUUUGGAUGAAUUCAAACACAGAAUUGAUUUUGCUGACAGUUGGAGAGAUACAGAACCCAAGCACCAGUGUCCAGAUCCCGAGUGGUGGUGUGAAGUGUCUGACAUUGUGUACAGUUUAAUCCAGGGCAAGCUGCUCCCAGGGUGUUCAGUGCUGGUGACCACCCGUCCCACUGCGUUACAUUUAUUGGAAAAGGCAAUGAUCAGUAUCUGGGCUGAAAUCAUGGGAUUUGUUGGUGAGGAACGGAAGGAAUAUUUCAUCAGGCAUUUUAAAGAGCAGACGGUGGCAGAAGCUGUUUUCAAACACGUGAAGGAGAACGAGAUCCUGUACACCAUGAGCUACAACCCCUCCUACUGCUGGAUCCUCGCUCUGGCACUGGGCCCCUUCUUCACACAAAGAGUCAGGGACCCGCAGCGAGUUCCCAAAACCAUCACCCAACUGUACUCCUACUAUAUUUACAACAUCCUGAAAAACCACGGCCGUGAGAUUGAGAACCCCCGUGAUGUGUUACUCAGGGUUGGUCAGAUGGCCUUCAGAGGAGUGUCCCAGAAGAAGAUUGUGUUUACAGAUGGAGAUUUGAUCAACUGCAAUCUGCAGCCUUCCCAGUUCCUGUCCGGGUUCCUGGUGGAGCUUUUGGAGAAAGAGAAUUCUGCCCGGUGUGUGGUGUACACAUUCCCACACCUCACCAUCCAAGAGUUUGUAGCUGCUAUUGCACAAUUCCUGAAUCCACAUCCCGGGGAUAUCCUGAAAUUCCUCACUGAAGCCCACAGCACGACAGAUGGGCGAUUUGAGGUAUUUCUCCGUUUUGUUGCUGGACUCUCCAACCCAAUGACAGCUCGGGGCCUGGAGGAGUUUCUGGGUCCAUUUCCUCAUCAAACAACCUGCCGGGUGAUUGACUGGGUGAAGGAGGAGGUUAAACGCCAGAGUGGAAACACGAGGAGUGAAGCUGGUAAAAGGAGCCUCCUGAACACAUUGCACUACCUGUUUGAGUCUCAGAAUCGUGGACUGGCUCAGGCCGCACUGGGAUCUGUGGAAACACUUUCAUUCAGCGGAAUGACACUGACCCCGAUUGACUGCGCGGUCCUGUCUCAUGUCAUCGGACUCUGUGAUACAAUAAAACACCUCGACCUGGGGAACUGCAACAUUCAGUGUGAAGGAAUCCAACGGCUGGGACCCGGGCUGCACAAGUGUCAGGAGUUGAGACUGAGUGGUAAUGAACUGGGAGAUUCAGGAGUGAAACUGGUGUCUGCGGCUCUGAGGAACCCGGAGUGUAAAAUACAGUCACUGGGGCUGAUCGGUGUCGGUCUCACAGAUUCUGGUGCCGAGGAUCUCGUAUCUGCUCUCAGUACAAACCCAUCACUGACCGAGCUGAGCCUGGGAUUAAACUCGCUGACAGACCGAUGUGUUCCCGCUCUCCGCCGCCUCAUACUGACCCUCCCGAGUCUGGAGCGGAUCGAGCUGUGGAGGAAUCGGUUCAGUGAGACCGGGAAGAAGGAACUGAGAUCUCUGCAGGAACCCAGACCCGGACUGACAGUGUCCGUGUGAACAUCUGAAUGUGUGAACAUCCCCGCCCGCGGGAUGGGGACAUUUUGGCCGAU